CCUGAUUCCACUUCAGCCACAUUCCAGCAAAUGCUGCAGACAAUACAUACUACAAGUCUGCCAUUUCUGCCAUACAGACUGCCGGUCCCGGUGUUGAUCCUCCAGGUCCGAGGGACAUCUACGGUGAGCUUCUUGACAACAAUAAGGAAGAGCUAGAGAAUUGGAUUGGUUCAUAUAAAAGCAAGUGGCCCACAUAUGGGCUCACUCUGAUGUGUGAUGGUUGGACCGGUCCGACAAAGCGGGCCAUCAUCAACUUUCUGACAUACUGUGAUACGAAGACCUUCUUCCACAAGUCAGUUGAUGCUUCGGAUAAGGUGCACAACGCCUCAUACAUCCUCAGACUUAUGGAGGAGGUGAUUGAUCAGAUUGGAGAGGAGAAUAUCGUGCAGGUCGUCACUGAUAACGGACCGCAAUAUAAGUUGGCCGGGCAGGUCUUGAUGGAGCGGCGACCACAAAUUUUCUGGACCCCAUGUGCUGCACAUUGCAUCGACCUCAUCCUGAUGGAUAUUGGAAAGAUCCGUAGGGUGCAACAUACGGUGGAGAUAGCCCAAUGCAUCACCAGGUAUAUUUAUAGCCAUACUUGGGUUCUUUCAUUAAUGAGAAGGUAUGCAGGGGGAGAAAUUCUUAGACCAGGAGUCACACGGUUUGCUACGAAUUACAUUGCACUUGAUAGCCUUAUCGAGAAGAAAGGAGCCCUACGUCAGAUGUUUGUUAGUCCCGAGUGGCAGGAAAGUAGAUAUGCCCAGGCCGGCACUGAAGGAAGCAGGAUGGAAGACUUGGUAAGCAGGCAGUCAUUCUGGCAGCGGGCCAAUGCGAUAGUCAAGGCUAUCAAACCAUUAUAUGAAGUGCUGCGGGCCGUGGAUAGCGAGAGGUAUCCCCAGAUGGGCUUUUUGUAUCACAUGAUGGAGAAGGCAAAGGCUCAGAUCAUGGAGGCAGAUGUAGCCCAUGCCCAGGAGUACAUCGACAUCAUUGAGCGGCGGUGGGGAGCCCAAAUGGGUAGGAAAUUGCAUCUAGCAGCAUACUAUCUGAAUCCCCGGUUUCAGUACGAGAGUGGAAUUGGUAUGGAUGAUGAACUUCUUCAUGCUCUGCGUAAUGUUAUUUAUAAGAUGGAGCCUGAUCCAGAAGUCGCCGCGUUAUGUAUAGAAGAGACCAAAUUAUUUAGAGAGGGUAGCCACAGCUUUGGACAGCGACCAGCUGUCGUGAGCAAGACAACUAUGAAUCCAGGUACAAUACAAAUCUGCAAGACAUUUUUGCAUCUGAAUUAUCUUCAACUAUGAGGCCAUCAUAUAUAUAAAAUGUAAUUAUCUUUAAUAUUUUUGCAGCUGAAUGGUGGAUUCAUUUUG